CAUUAAAAUAUUUAGUAUUUAUUGCAACAUAAUGUUUCGUAACCUCAAAAAUGUUGAAUACUAUUAUUCAAAAUUUAUACAUCUUUAAGCAACAAAAAGACCACCAAUCUUUUGCAAUGUCAACACACAAUUUAUCCCACACGUAAACAUCACAUAAACAACAUGGCAGAAUUUAUUUCAAUCUACCGGAAGGAUUACUUGUGGCCCGAACGUAAGGUCACUUUUUCGCGAAACACUCUGGAUUGUACAAUCGCUGCGCCAGUCGACCUUCAAUAUUCCGAGACACAGGCUUGUCCGAAAGAAAAAGAAAGUCAGUUGGGUCAUUCCCAGCAGUCACCAUUAAAAAUUCAGCCCUGUCCAACUACAGAGCACAAUGACUUCAAUGAGAACGAAGCCUAUCUCAAAAAGUUAUUAGAACAACAUCCAAACUUGAUUAGUUUGAUGCGCAAACGACCUUCAUUCGAUGCAUUAAAAAAAUUUAAUAUGGAAAGACUUAAAUCAACUUACCAAGUGGAUUUCGAUCACGUUGAAGAUCAGUCGAUCGAUUUGACUGGCUUGCCUAUGAAAAAUACCGAUUGUCCAGUGAAUCAGGCAGAAUCUCCAAUAAUAGAUUGUCGUCCACGUUUAACUUCUCGCAUUGCAUUGAUGAAAAGCAGAGGAUUUCCAGUUUUUCUACCUAAAGAAACCUGCAAAAUAUCGAGCAAAUCAUUGAAAAGAAAGUUAGCUAAGGAGGAGGAGGAAAACGAGAAUAAGAAAAAGUUCUUGCCAGCCUGGAGUAGCGAAUAUCGGGACGCCAUUAACAAAACUGGUGAUAGCAUCUUGAAAGAAAUGCGACUCAACAAGAAACAUAAAAUGUUACGAGAGAAGAUGAAGCUAUUGAGGCCAAAGGAAUGCGAGGAUGACUAAUAAUCAAUAUUUAAUCUUAUUGAAAAUUUUCCAUGAAACAAUAAAUUGA